UCCCUCCUGAAGUUGAGCCAGAGGUUUUCGGAAAUUCCCAGUUUUUCAUAGUUAUUUCGAACUUAGCACGCCCUCCAGUCAGACGGAGAACGUCCACCAUCUUUCCUCACUCUGUCGACCACACGAGGAUGCCGCACAUUCCUCUCCGCCCAAACUUCUUCCUUCGCCGCCGCUAUCUUCCGUUUUCAGUUCUUCUCCAACCCAAAUUCAUCCACGCGCCUUCAUUUCUCGCGUCGGAACUCGAUAUCUCCAGCCCCACUUUCAUGAUCUAUGGAUCCAACACCGGCGUCGGCAAAACCCUAGUUUCCACCGGCAUUGCCACAUCCGUCCUCUCAGCUUCAGAGCCUUCUCAUUGCGUCUAUGUCAAGCCCGUGCAGACCGGCUUCCCCGACGACUCUGAUUCCCGCUUUGUCUAUCGCAAGGUUUUGGAGAUCUUCCGCACUGGCAAGCCUCGUGGGAUAUUUGCCUCCAACAGAGUUCUCAAAGCUUCGAGGGAGGUGCUUCGUGCAGCAACCGAGCUGACAGAGGACAAUAUCGGGGAAGGUUUAGGGUUCAGUGGGCCGUGCCAUUACGAGGAGACAGUGAUGGGGAAUGGGUUUGGAGAAGAGAAGGGUUACAAGUUGAUUUGCUUGACGUUAUAUGGAUGGAAGGAGGCGGUUUCUCCUCAUUUAGCUGUGGAGAGGGAAGGGAUGGCAGUGGAUGAUUCUUUGUUGAGGGAAGAGUUGAGAAGUUGGUUAAGUGUUUCAAUAGGGGGACAGAAAGAUGAAAAAGUUGCAGCUUGGAGGUUGGUGGAAACUGCUGGGGGUGUCGCUAGUCCGGGACCUUCGGGUUCUCUGCAGUGUGAUUUAUAUAGGCCUUUUAGGUUACCAGUUAUUCUUGUUGGAGAUGGCCAUUUAGGCGGUAUAUCUGCGACUAUUUCAGCGUAUGAAAGCUUGAAGGUUAGAGGAUAUGAUAUUGUGGCUAUUGUUUUAGAAGGCCGUGGCCUGCACAAUGAAAUUUCGCUGCUUUCUUACUUGAGAAAUGGGGUACCUGUUUGUGUACUACCAAAAUUUCCUGAAGAGCCAUCAAACAACUUAAUUGACUGGUUUUGUGAAUCUAGCAAAGUAUUUAGUUCCCUGCAGGAGGUGAUGCUGUCUUAUCACAGAAAAAGGACACAGAGGUUGCAUGAUAUGCGAGAAAAGGCUGUGGAUAUUUUUUGGUGGCCAUUUACCCAGCACAAAUUUGUUUCAAUGGAUGGUGUUACGGUGAUUGAUUCACGUUGUGGUGAGAAUUUUGCAAUACACAAGAUGCGGUCCAACAAGGAAAUGCUUGUUUCUCAGUUUGAUGCAUGCGCUAGUUGGUGGACUCAAGGACCUGAUGCUGUUAUGCAGAGUGAACUUGCUAGAGAGAUGGGUUAUUCUGCAGCAAGAUAUGGGCAUGUUAUGUUUCCUGAGAAUGUUUAUGAACCUUCAUUGCAAUGUGCUGAAAUGUUACUUGAAGGAGUGGGAAAAGGUUGGGCAUCUCGAGUUUUCUUCUCCGACAACGGGUCUACUGCAGUGGAAAUUGCACUUAAAAUGGCUUUGCGAAAAUUUUCACUUGAUCACGGGCUUAUGAACUUUGAGAAUGAGAACUCAAGUGGAGCUUUUGAAAUACGGGUUCUAGCUCUCCGUGGAUCUUAUCAUGGAGAUACUUUAGGUGCAAUGGAAGCACAAGCGCCAACAUCUUAUACAGGCUUUCUCCAGCAUCCUUGGUAUUCUGGAAAAGGGCUAUUUUUGGAGCCUCCUACCGUUUUAGUCUCCAUGGAGAUUUGGAAUCUUUCUAUACCAGAUUGUUUUGAGUCUGACAACCUUAGGAAAGAUGAUCUGCACUUUUGCUCUUACGGUGAAUUGUUAAGUAGGGAUAGGGACUCUUCAGCUAUCGCUCUAUGCUAUUCGUCUUACAUAUCAAAUAAGUUAUUGGAAUUUGCUGCUUCAAAUCCACAGAACUAUAUUGGAGCACUAAUUAUAGAACCGGUUAUACAUGGUUCUGGUGGAAUGCACAUGAUUGAUCCACUGUUUCAGCGAAUGCUUGUUGGUGAGUGCAGAAAUCGUAGAAUUCCAGUUGUAUUUGAUGAGGUGUUUUCAGGUUUUUGGCGUCUUGGACACGAGUCUGCCGCAGAAUUAUUAGGUUGCUUACCAGACAUAGCAUGCUUUGGGAAACUCAUGACUGGUGGUAUCCUUCCACUGGCAGCAACUUUAGCCACAGAAGCUGUUUUCAAUGCAUUCGGUGGUGAUUCAAAGCUGGUCGCUCUUUUGCACGGACAUUCAUUUUCAGCCCAUGCUAUGGGUUGUGCUGCAGCAGCAAAAUCCAUUCAAUGGUUUAAAGAUCCUUCUACAAAUAUCAAUAUUGAGCAUGGAGAAGGACGACUUAUAGAGUUAUGGGACAUGAAACUUGUUCGCCGGAUAUCAUCAUUUCUUGCUGUGAAAAGGGUUGUUGCAUUGGGAACUCUUAUUGCAAUUGAGCUCCACGCAAAGGGCACCGAUUUAGGAUAUGCGUCAUUAGAAGCUACCUCUCUGGUCCAGCAGCUCCGGGAGGAUGGAGUUUACAUGAGGCCCCUGGGGAAUGUCAUUUAUCUCAUGUGUGGCCCUUGCACCUCUCCUCUUUUCUGCAACCAGCAGCUUGUCAAAGUAUACCGAAGAAUCUCCGAGUUCAGCGAAGCUUGGAUUUAAAGAAGGUUCAUAUGCUAGAAAGUCUUGAAGUGAAGUGUUUUCUUCUCUUCCUGAACUUAUGUUUACUUCCAUGGAUCGAAAAAAAAUGGGCUCCAGACUUACUGGAAAAACUUCAAGGUUGCAGGAUUCAAGCGGUCAAUACUCUAAACAUAUAAGAUGCAAUACGGAGCUGUG